AUGUCCAAUUACACGUACAAUAAGCUGUGGCAUGAGACACAGCGGCACCUGGAGAGUGUGGCUGUGUCGGACUUCGAGAAUCAGGCACUCGAGGCGCAGUUCGACAAGGCGGAGGCGCAGACGGCGAUCUUCGAGCUGUACGUGAAGUACAUCUGCAUCGCCAACAAGCUGGAGGAGAUCUACGACCAGAUGGUGCAGCCGCAGAAGCGUCUGCUGGUGCGGAAGGUGCUGGACGCGUGCCUGGGCAGAGUUGUGGAGCUGAAGAGUGACCUGGUGAACAUCGACAUCAUGGAGUUCAGCUACAACGACGACGUGAUCGAGCGUCUCGGCCUCACGCCGCUGGACAUUGAGAUCCGCGUGCCGCGCUACUUCCGGCGCGAGCGCGAGCGCGAGCUGGCGCAGCGUCGCGAGACGAUGGAUGAGAUCCUGAAGAAGCUGGGGUGUCUGGACGAGCAGGAGGAGGAGGAGAAGAUGACGGAGCUGGAGGCGAUCAGGGUGAUUCAGAUGCACGAGCGGGCGCGCCAGGGGCGGCUGAGGGCGCAGUUCAUGAAGGAGAUUCGGCUGCUGAAGGAGAAGGGAAAGCCGGAGAGUGGGAAGGACAAGAGCGAUUCGGGAUUGAUUGCCGCCAUGAAGAUUCAGAAGGUGUGGCGCGGCUUCGCCACCCGCAAGAAGACGCGCAGGCGGAAGGUGGAGGAAAUGGUGCUCAUUGGCAUGAUUCCGCCGCUCACAUCCACCCGAGCGGAGUGCCUGGAGAAGAGUGAGAAUCUCACACAGCUGCGCUACAGGAUUCAGGAGGAGUAUCAGGCGGAGUUCCACAAGGCGCUGCAGGAGACGCGAGAGGAGAUCAACACGAAGCAGGGCUCUGUGAUCACGGAGGACAUCGCGGAUGAGAUUAGGAACUGGUUCAAGGAGUACAAGGGACGCACAGGGAAGCUGCCUGACUUCCCGUCCGAGGAGCACGGCGGAUCCAGGCAUUUGCUGAGUCGCCAAGGCACGGAGAGCGAGAUGAGCAGAUCCUCGGCGCCGUCGUCGAAGGAGUCGAAGAAGGCGAAGGACAAGUCCAAGAGCGCCGUCAAGUCGGGCGAUAUCAAUGUCGAGGACACCUUUGAGAAUGGCUACAAAGCGGCACAAUCGAGCUUCCUGCCGGAACUGAAGACGGGCAUUGAGGAGUUCAACGACACGUGGCGAGACAAGGACGAGACCUUGAACGCGCGACAGAGUCACUAUGAGGACAUGAUCUUCAAUGAGAAGUACGCAGAGGUGGAGGAUGAGCUGCGGAAGGUGGUGGACGACAUGAUGAGGCAGGAGUUGGAGCUGCUGCAGCAGGCGCUGGACAGAGAUCGGGCGCAGAAGGGGAAGAAGGUGAAGAAGAGCAACAAGAAGGCGCGUCGGAGUGGGAAGAAGGGCAAGAAGAAGAAGGAGAAGGAUCUCACGCCCGAUCGCACGACUGAGUCGCUGUUUGAGGAGCUCUUCAUGAAUGGGAUCAUCAAGAAGUAUCCGGAAACGCCGCUCAAGACUUUCCUGGGGGACAAAUCGUACGUGGCGCGAUCUGGGAUCAAUCCCACGCCGGGAGACAUUCGUCAGGUGGUCACGGAGCUGUGCAUCCUUCCGCUGGGCUCUGAGGUGGUGAGGAACUUCGCGCCCUGCGUGCGAUCGAUCCUGCUGACUGGCUCGAAAGGCGCCGGGAAGAGAACGCUGGUCAAUGCGAUCUGCACGGAAGUCGGCGGCACGCUCUUCGACUUGACACCGGCGAACAUUGUGGGAAAGUAUCCGGGAAAGUCUGGCCUGAUCAUGCUGAUGCAUCUGGUGUCGAAGGUGUCCAGAUUGCUGCAGCCGUCAGUGAUUUACAUGGGCGACGCUGAGAAGCCGUUCAUGAAGAAAGUGCCGAAGACAGAUCGCACGGAUCCGAAGAGACUGAAGAAGGAUCUGCCGAAGCUGGUGAAGAACAUCGGUCCGGAGGACAGAGUCAUGUUCAUUGGGACCUCCUUUGCGCCCUGGGAGGCGGAUCAGAAGCUGCUGCAGCAGGCGUACAACAGAUUCAUCUACAUUCCGCGUCCGGAUUACGGCACACUUUCGUACGCGUGGAAGACGCUGCUGAGUCAGUACAGCGGCGUGCAGAGCACCUUCGAUUCCGGCGCCAUGGCGAAGAUCUCAGACGGAUACACCAUCGGCUCCGUGGUGAAGUGUCUCCGCGAGGUGAUAACGUGCAAGAGGAUGCUUCAGCUGCGUCUGCAGCCGCUGACUCACGUGGAGCUCAUAAAUUCCCUGAGCACGAAGGAUCCGGUGUAUCGGGAGGAGGAGGAGGCGUUCCUGGUGUGGUGGGGCAAGACGCCGCUGGGACGCCGUCGGCAGCGUGUCCUGGAGCUGGAGAUGGAGGCGCGAAUUGAGAAGGAGAACGCGAGCGAUAAAGCCAAGAAGGGGGCGAAGAAGAGCGCAUCUAAAAAGAAUUUCCUCCUCCGAACUCCUCACGCCGCCUUCAAAUCAGGAACAACUUUCAAGUGGAUUGAAAGGAAAAUGAGGCAAACUUUCUGCAAUACGCUCGUGCUGAAGAGUUUCACUAGCAAAGAUGCACUUUUAAUCAAUCAGGCCCGCCGAGAGUGUGAACCAAGGAAGAAGAAAGGUACACAGUUGAGGAUUAAUCCACGUGUCGUUGAUGCUGUCACGUGCCCAAGGAUGAUUGUUCAGAAGGAGUCCAGGACGGGAAAAAAUGCUCAGAGGAGGAAAAAUUAA